UGAAUCUGAUGUCAUGAUCUGGAGUAUGUUUAUAUCUCGAUUUAAAGAAAAGGUUUCAUUAUUUUUAAUAUUAAGAAUAGCAUUAGACGAAGAUAAAAGGCUUGAGCUUGCUAUAUCAGACAAUGAUGAAUCAGAUAAAUAA